AUGUCAGCCGCUGCCACCUUACCUCGUUUUAUUUCUCUUCACCCGAGCUUUGAGCGAAUCCUUGGUGAAGAUCCCGGGUCACGUUUACUCUGCGAUGUCAGCCAGGAUGGUCGAGGACUGUUUCAUGAAGCAUGCAUCUACCAUAGACCAUCUAAAAGCGUCUUUGUGACAUCUAACCAACUAUGCGAUGAUUCCAAAGGGAGCAAGGAGGAGACAAACGGCAAGGUGGUCAAACUAUUCAGGGUGUAUGACAAUGAGUCAAAUGCCGAGCUGGCACAGUACGAAGAAGUAAAGUUCCCAGGUAUUGAAAGUGCCAUGCUCAACGGAGGGGUAAAUGCCGGUCUGCAUGAUACAGACACCUUCUUGUUCUGUGCUCAGGGUUCGAAGGCUCUCAAUGCUCUGUCGGGCAUCAUUUCAGUAACCCUACCCACCGCCACUAUGGAACAAGCCAAAGUAGAGUCAAUUGUCUCUAACUUUCAUGGAACGCCAUUCAAUUCCGUCAACGACGUGAUCGUCCAUCCAAAGGACGCGUCAGUAUGGUUCACUGACCCAUCUUACGGUUUCCACCAGGGGAUUCGAGACCAACCGCAAUUGCCAAACCAAGUUUACCGACUUGACGUGCAGUCCGCAUCCGUACGAGCUGUCGCCAAUGGGUUCUCGCGCCCAAAUGGACUCUGCUUCUCUCCAGACUUGAAUACCCUGUAUGUCACAGACACUGGUGCUAUUCAUGGUUCUCCGGAGGUUCCCAUCAAUGCGCAAGGUCCUAGUGACAUCUACGCCUUUGAUAUAGUGAGCAAGCCAAACGGAAGUCCCAUGCUUGUUAAUAAGAGACUCUUUGCCUACGCACCGGGACGAUAUCCGGAUGGAAUUAAAUGCGACACGCUGGGGAACGUGUAUGCUGGAUGUGGUGACGGAGUCGAGGUUUGGAACGCCGGAGGGGAUUUGCUGGGGAUCAUCAAGAUCCCAGGUGGAGUGGCUAAUUUCUGCUUCGGAGAAAAUGGUAACAUAUAUGCCUGCAAUGAGACUCGCUUCUGGAAAAUCAGGUUAAAUGGGGAAGUCGUCAAAGGUGCCCUGUUAGGAAUUCAGGAUAGAGCAUGA